GGCCGCGCCGCCAUGUUGGCUGGGAGGGGAAGUGGAGGCCUGGCCCCCCACUAAGAUGGAGGAGAGGAGCCAACUGGGGGCCUAGGGCCCCCUCAGGCCGAAGGGCGAGCUGGGGCCCAUGGAGCAGCGCUAGGUUUAUGCUGUAGACAGCUACUUCACUGCCAAAAUGACAUCUUCGACCUCUGAACAGUAUCCAGCAUCUGAGAAUGCCUGCAGAAUCGCACUUGGACAAGCUAACCAGGUACAACCGAAACUGCCACUCCUGAAGAUUCUGCAAGCAGCAGGUGCACAAGGUGAAACCUUCACAUUGAAAGAGGUCAUGCAUUACCUGGGACAGUAUAUAAUGGUGAGGCAGCUAUAUGAUAAGCGGCAGCAGCACAUGGUGUAUUGUGGAGGGGAUCAGCUGGGAGAAUUGCUGGGACUGGAGAGCUUCUCUGUGAAAGAUCCAAGCCCAGUUUAUGACAUGCUGAAAAGGAACCUGACUUCUGUUACUAUUACAGAUGCUGCACAGACUCUUGCUCUCGCAAAGGAUCAGAGCGUCGAUAAUCCAAGCCAAGACCAGCUGAAGACUAGCACAGAGGGAAGCUCUGACACUGAGGGAAUGGAGGACAAAAGUGAUGCUCCUGCUUUGUCUACCUCACAGCUCAGCUAUGGAAACUGCGAAGGCAAAGACUUAAUAGAAAACCUCUCAAAAAGCAAGAAGCCCAAACUGGAUCUAGUAUUUGAGGAGUGGGAUGUAGCUGGCCUUCCAUGGUGGUUUUUAGGAAAUCUGAGAAACAACUACAAGUCCAGAAGUAACGGGUCAACAGACAUACAGACCAACCAGGACAUAGACACUGCCAUUGUUUCAGAUACUACUGAUGACUUGUGGUUCCUCAAUGAAUCUGCGUCGGAUCAAUUCAAUGUUGCCGUCAAAGUGGAGACAGUGGACUGUGAAGAAGUGGGGAAAGAGAGUGACAAAAAGGUGAUUGAGGUUAUGUGUACUGAUGACCUCGAGGAUUCUCAGUGCCUAAGUGACGACACAGAUGUAGAAGCUGCCUCUGAGGACUGCUGGCAAUGCACCAAAUGCAAGAGGUUUAACUCUCCAGUCAAACGGUACUGUUACCGCUGCUGGGCCUUACGGAAGGACUGGUACUCGGAUUGCCCCAAACUAGCUCAUUCUCUCUCUCUGUCCACCAUUGAUACUAUUCAAGGCAAAAAGGAUGAUGAGGGAAUCGAUGUCCCAGACUGCAGAAGGACCGUGUCUGCUCCAGUUUGCCGACCCAAAGAUCUGUACACAGGUGAAUGCGAGUCCCAUGUAGACCCUGGCAGCUCUAUGGAGUCCCUGGGUUUGUCACAAGAAUGCAAGGACCAGGAGCCACAGAUGCAUUUUGGUGAACACAAAAAGGAAGAAGAAGUAGAAUGCCAAGAGAAUAUCAAAAAUUUGUUGAAUCCCUGCCUUCUAUGCCAGAAGAGGCCGCGGGAUGGGAAUAUUGUCCAUGGAAGGUCUGCUCACCUAGUGGCUUGCUUCAAAUGUGCGAAAAUGCUGAAGAAAGGGAGAUUGCCAUGUCCAGUGUGCAAGAAACCAAUCCAGAUGGUGAUCAGAAUCUUCACGGGGUAGCUGUGCCGCUGCAAGGUGCUUCAGGGACUUAAAUGGUAACUAGUCAGGGGACAACUGCCACAAGGUUUACGUUAGUGUCUAUGGUGCUGCAAGGGAGGCUAACCAUAUAACUCAGCUAAAGAACAGGGGUCUCAAAUUCACAAAGGAAGUUGAGGAAUCCCCUUAAUGAAAUGAAACAAUGUUCGGUUUUUAGUGUCAGUUUACGUUCCUGGGGCCUGACUGAUCUGUCCGUAGCAUCUGCCCCAGGUUUUAGAAUUUCUGAAUCCUUUACUUUCCAGGGUCUAGAGAUGAUGCUUUCCCCUGGAUGGUCUUGUUUUCAUAACUGAUCCUUGCAGAAGCCAGAUGGUUAAUAAAUAAAUAUGUAACUCUGGUUGGUUGUAUGCUCUGCAGUAAGCUAAACUCUGUGCAGUACCUGAAAAUAGAAAGCACAGGGGUGGGAGGAGAGUGUGUCUGUGUGUACACAUAUGUACGCUGGAUUCUCCAAGGAUCAGUUCUCAGAAGAGUAAUGGUGAACGGGGGUUACAAGACUUCUAACUCUCUGCAGUAUUUUGUAAGAUCGGGUUGAGAGACUCCCCAAAAUCCUUAAUGAAAAACAAACCU